AUGCUUAUACAAAUCCAAAUUAAUUUUGAUUCUUUUGAUUCAUUUAAAGUUCUAAUUGUGCAAGCAAUUCUAAAUAAAAUAAUAAAUAAAUUCAAUAAUUUUUGUUAAAAAACAAAGAAAAUAAACAAGAAAGAUAAAUAAUAUCAAUUUCUACAAAAAAGAGUUAGAGAUUAAAAGUAGUAGCUAAUUACUCAAAUAGAAAUACAUAAAAUACAUAAUAAAAAAAUCUUUUAGUGUUAAGGUCAAACAAGCAAGCAAGCAUCAGAAUUAUUCAUUCUUAAGCCGAUAAAAAAGUACUCAAAAAAAUAUAGUAUACAAAAAAUAAUAUCUAUAAUGUCAAGCGAAUUAGAUCAAAUUAUUGAAACCUUAAAGAAAUGCGAAUGCAUAAAAGAAAAUGAAGUUAAAAAUUUAUGCAAUAAAGCAAGAGAAAUUUUAGUUGAAGAGUCUAAUGUGUAGAGAGUUGAUGCACCUGUCACAAUUUGUGGUGAUAUUCAUGGAUAAUUUUACGAUUUAAUGGAGCUCUUUACUGUUGGUGGUGAAUGUCCUGACACUAAUUAUCUCUUUCUUGGAGAUUUUGUAGAUAGAGGUUUUCAUUCAGUUGAAACAUUUUUGCUUCUCCUUGCAUUAAAGGUAAGAUAUCCAGAUAGAAUUACAUUGAUUAGAGGAAAUCAUGAGUCAAGAUAAAUUACCUAAGUUUAUGGUUUUUAUGAUGAAUGCUUAAGAAAAUUUGGCUCUCUCAAUGUUUGGAGAUAUUGCACAGAAAUAUUUGAUUAUUUGUCUCUCGCUGCUAUUAUUGAAGAAAAGUUCUUCUGUGUUCAUGGUGGUCUUUCUCCUUCUAUAAAAACUCUUGAUGAAAUUAUUGCUAUCGACAGAAAGCAAGAAGUUCCUCACGACGGAGCUAUGUGUGAUUUGAUGUGGAGUGAUCCUGAUGAGAUCGAAGGUUGGGCUGUUAGUCCUAGAGGUGCUGGUUAUCUCUUUGGUGGAGAUGUAGUUGAUGAAUUUAAUAGAACAAAUAAUAUAGAUUUAAUUUGCAGAGCACAUUAAUUAGUUAUGGAAGGAUAUAGAAAUAUGUUUAACGAUUAACUUGCUACUGUUUGGUCUGCUCCUAAUUACUGCUAUAGAUGUGGAAAUAUUGCUGCUAUAUUAGAAUUAGAUGAAAAUUUACAAAAAUCUUAUAAAACUUUUGAAGCUGCUGCACAAGAAAACAGAGGAGUACCUGCUAAAAAAUCUUUACCAGAAUAUUUCCUUUGA